AAGUGCCCAACAUGAACAACAAGGUGCCUUAUUGUGUAGAGAAUCCAGCGCAGAAUCUUAUUACUCGAGUGUUGACCUCGCAAGGACUCGGGAAGUACUGCGACAAGGAUUUCAUCCAGAGUACCUCACGUGAGAUGCAGGAGGCGCUCGACCUCACGCAAGAGGAGAUGGAUACCGCUGCCAACCAGAUUAUUCUUCACGACAUGACUAUGAACCAAGUGCAGAAUCGACCAAAUAAUGUGGAAAGCAUUUUAUCCCGGCAGCAUCAUCCAUUUCAUCAUCCUUCAGUGCAGCCUCCACCGCGGUAUCCAUAGCAUUAUAAAUAACAAUUGUAUUUUGGAUUUUUUCUCAACAACCUGUAUCAGUUGGCUCUGAUAUAGGUUACACCCUAUAUAAGGGUUUUUCAAGUUUGGCCUAGCCACA